CCUUAUAAAAGGUAACGGGUCUCCACCGGUUUCACAUUUUCCGCGUGUGUGCAGUGAACGCAGCAGAUGAUGAGAUGUCAUAGUUUUAAUGUGAAAGUGAAAUGUUAAACAAUUCCCAGUCAACAUGUGCACGAACACACUCCCGGCGAGCUCAUUAGAAAAGUCGCCAGGUGAAAUGCCGCCGGCGCGUCCACGUUUAUGAGCACGCGGCUGCCAAUUCAUUCAUAAUCCUGGUAGUCUUGCAAGUUGUAUUACGAACUGAUACGUGCCAGCAAUUUAAAAUAUGAUCCCACCAGUAAAGCAUCAGUGGAAAAACUCUAAAUGAAGUUAUUUGACUACGAGAAAUAGUGUGUAAAGGCGCACCCAAAAAAAGGGGGAGGGGGAUAAAUGUAAAAUAUAAUUAUGUCAGAUUUAUCAUAUGGUUGUUUGAAACUGUGACAUCAGCCAUGUAAGCAAAGCACCAUCACUGCCUUUUCUACCGUUUUAAACACACCCACCGCCCAUGCAGCCUCCCCAAAACGACGCUUUUCGCCUGAACGGGUGCAUUUAUGCGUAGAGGAAGAGGAGGAGGUGGACAGCUCUUCUUCUACCUCCCGAUGUGCCGAGAGCUGCUGCUUCAUUUCACCACCGCCUCCGAGCUGCUCGCUCCUUCCUACCUUUAGGUUUAAGUCUGAUCUCGGUUUUUUUUUUUUUUUGUGUAAAGUGCCAAUAUUUUACCCCAGCCUCGCCGGGGGGAGACCACUCCAGGGCGGCGCAGAGAGAAGUUUAAACCCCAGCUGCUGGUGCUCAGAAGACGGGGGGGGAUCCGAGGUUGCACGAUCCUAUCUUCGCUACCUUUUUUUUAAGUUAAAUUUUUAUUUAGUGUUUUGGAGGGUUAUCAUCGACUUCAGUGAAGUUUGACCUGCCCCCGAGAGGACAACACACCCGCCCGGCAUCAUGACUCGGAGAUCCUGUGCCAUUUACGCCACCGGGAUCGUGUGUGCUCACCUCCUGAUAGUGGGGAUCGCCCUGGUCGUGGCUCAAGUCUUCCAAACAAUGAUACACAGCCGGCUAAAAAAGGAAAUUACUUUGACAGAGAAGAGCCAAAUGUUUGAGGGAUGGAAGAAUCCACCCCCACCUGUGUAUAUGGAGUACUACUUCUUCAAUGUGACCAAUCCAGAGGUGUUCUUGGCAGGCGGAAAGGCAGCUGUCAAACAGAUCGGACCCUAUACUUACAGGGAAUACAGGCCGCGGGAAAACAUAACUUUCCUGGAGAACGGCACCAAGAUUUACGCCCUGAACCCAAAAACAUUUGUGUUUGUGCCCGAGAAGUCAGCCGGUGACCCCGAGGUUGACAUCAUCAGGACUGUCAACAUCCCGUUUGUGGCGGUGAUGAACGAGCUGAACUCCUACUCCUUCUUCCUGCGAACUUUGGUUUCCAUGUACAUGAAUAGCCUGGGCAUCGAGGUGUUCAUGACCCGCACUGUCCACGAGAUCCUGUGGGGCUUCAAAGACCCUCUUCUCUCAAAGGUCCACUCCAUGAAGCCUGAUGUGGAUGAAUAUUUUGGGCUGAUGUGGAAGAAAAAUGGCACCCAUGAAGGAGAGUUUGUGUUCCACACCGGCGAGGAGAACUACAUGGAUUAUGGCAAGAUUGACACAUGGAACGGCCUGAGGGAGAUGUCGUGGUGGUCUUCGAAUCAGAGCAACAUGAUCAACGGUACGGACGGCGCCGUCUUCCACCCUCUGAUAAACAGGAACGAGUUGCUCUACAUCUUUGCUGCUGAUCUCUGCAGGUCUAUCCAUCUAGCUUAUGUGAAAGACGUGGAGGUGAAAGGCAUCCAGGCAUACCGCUUCGCACCCCCUAGUGACGUACUCAUGAGCCCCAAAGACAACCCCACUAAUGCGGGAUUCUGCGUACCAGCUGGAGACUGUCUCGGCACCGGGGUGCUUAAAGUCAGCGUUUGUCGAGAAGGCGCUCCCAUCGUGGUGUCUUUCCCCCACUUUUAUCAAGCGGACCCGAUGUACAUCAAUGCCGUUGACGGGCUCAACCCCAACAAGGAGGAACACGAGACGUACCUCGACCUGCAGCCGACCACAGGGGUUCCCAUUCGUGCCUGCAAGAGAGCUCAGCUCAAUAUCAUCCUGAAGAGAGUCCAAGGCUUCCCCAAAACCAAGUUCAUCAACGAGACCAUUUUCCCCAUCAUGUUCGUCAAUGAGACGGCGACUAUUGACGAUGGCUCGGCAUCCCAGAUGAGGACGAUGCUCCUAAUAGUGACUCUUGUGUCAAACUUCCCCGUGCUCAUCGUGGGCAUGGGCAUCAUCCUGCUGCUGGUGCUCGUCGUCUUGUUCUGCCGAAAUCGCCAGAAGAAGAAUGAAGUAAAACGUAUUGAUUUUACUGAAGCUUUUCAUUCUUUUACUACGGUGAAGGAUGACACGGCCUAUACUCAGGUCAGCGACAAACCCGACGAGCCGUCAGAAACGCCAGCCAACCAGCCGAUGAGAAACGGCUCCUACAUUGCCAUGUCUCCAGUGGAGGCCCAGAAGUGUUGAUCGAGGAUCCCCUCCUCAAGUGUGGAGCUCAGGAAGGGGGCUGAGGGAGCAGCACAUGGGUGUUACAUUAUAACGGGUGGGGGUUUACAUAUACUGUGGGCUCAUUUUCGCUUAUUUGGGGGGCUGGGGAGGAUAGCCAAAGGGGUGGGACACAAGCCCCAGUAAAUGUUUAGUAAACAAAGACAUUGCUCCUCUCACUGAGCCCUCUUAUGACUGUCUGUCCUCCUCUACUCUACCUGCUGAGCAUGGCCCUCACUGCCUGCCAUGCUGCAACACAACAAACCCCCACACUCUGUUCCUCAUUUUCGUCCCGGUUGGUCCAAAAGAUGAAGGGACUCUGGAUGGGCUCGGCCAGGAAAAGCCUUUUUGUUUUUUUUUUUUUUCUGUAAUUCUUCUGAGGGAACACGGUAGCAUAGGUGUCGCUGUUGUACAAGGAUGUAUGAUGUUUGGCGCUCGCUCUGCCGACUAAUGUGGCUCAAAGGAGUGUUUAGUAUUCACCUGAACAACAGUGGGUGUUGUUACCGUCGUAUUCUUGCUCUCUCCAUCAGUGAGGGGAAAACUUCAAGCCAACAGAUUUUAAAAAUCCCCCGAAAACUGAAUCCUUAGGACAAAACUCUCUGAGCUCCUGGGCUCAGAGGAUAAAAUGAUUUUGCUAACAAAACUGAACUUAGCAUAUAUAUAUAUAUAUAUAUAUAUAUAUAUAUAUAUAUAUAUAUAUAUAUAUAUAUUAGAUGAGAAGAAAAACUGAGCCAAAAUAUUUAUAGCAUCUUUGCCUUUUUUUCCUAAGAAUUAGUGCUCCCACACACACACACCAGUAUCAGUUAGUGAAAGUGUGUGUGCACCUUUAUCUUCCACUUCAGUGUCCUGUUUUGAUGGACGAUGGGCAACUAUUUUCCUGACGCAGACCCAGUGUAGUGUGACAUCUGGAAUACUUGUGAUUUUGUUUGCCCAUCCCCCCCAUACAGUUGCACCUUUUUAGGCUUCAUCACACAUUCAUAACAAAAAGGAGAAGAAAAAAAAAACACCCACAGAACUUACAAGGGAGACUUGAACCUGCUUUCUGCCUUACAAUGGUUCAGUGUGUUCUUUAUGUUCAUACAUUGUUCAAAUAAGCUGGAAAUCGUUAUUGUACAUAUGUAAAGGGGAAAUAUUGAGAUACCUCUGACCAAAUCCAGCAAGCAGUCCUUCUAGGUGUGCUUAAAGACACUAAUUUUGCUCUGGUGUUGACCGCUCCUGUACGUCUACACUGUUACUUAUUAGAGAAAGCACAAUUUGGACUGCUAAAACCAGUCCUCACACAAAGCUAUAAUCACACAGCUGAUCUGUCAAAGACACGGUCAAGUAUCGUGACAAUUUAAAAAAAAAAAAAAAAAAAAAAAAAAAAAAACAAAACACAAAACAAAGAAAAGUGGAAUCAUUGGGUGUUGAGGGAGCCUUGUGCGUCACUCUCCGCUGUGUAGUCAUUCAGUUUGCCAAGGAGCUGUAGGCAUUCAGGCAAAAACGCAGCACACAGCACUUGAAUCACUGUUUGUCUUAUGUUUCACGUUGUGUUUUCAUUUUUUCUGUCUGCCACACUUGUGUCGUCACACGUCAAACCCAGUUGUAGUCACUAAUGGGAAGUGAAUUUAAGGCUAUAAUACUGUCAACAUGGAAAAUUCCCUGCACUUUGCCUGGAAAUUGUGCCCUGUGUAGUUUCAUUGUUUUUGUUUAUUUUCGUCCUGCGUGUUUCAUUGCAGGUGGUCCAUAUGUUAAGUACAUUUCAAUGGUUUGUCCUCGCAAGUACUGGUUAUGAUGGAUAUCGUUGUGAAUGAACAACAGACAUCCACGCCUCUGUGUUACUCAGAGUGUCUUCUUUUGAUAUACUUUUGUAUUUGUUAUUGCUGCUAAAAAAUGCCAUAACCUAUGGACUUGUAUUUGUGUAUGGGGUAUUUACCAUAAUGUGCUCGUAUUCGGUUUCCAGGUUGAUCCACAGAGGCUUUUUUUCCCAAGUCUUAAAUCUUGAAGGCUGUUCUGUGUUGCCAACCCUUUUUGACACCCGAGCACCAGAUGCAAAGCCCAAAGCUUGCUGCCAUUUAUUGGAAUUAGCAGUUACAGUUAUCACUAGCAACUUUUUUUUUGAAAGUUAUCACACUUUGAUCACUCAGUCCUCUAUUAGCAGAUGAUCUGACCAUAUCACAUGUAUCGUUUGCGAUUUUAUUAUGGGAUUAUUAAACUGACAGUUCGCUGGUGGUGCACAAAAAGAGCGAGUCACUUCAGCAACCUUUUUAAGAUUUGGUGUCAGAAGACUGAUUCUGGGUGGAGAGAAAGCAGAAGUUCGAAAGUAUUUCUUUAAAUAAAUUCACUAAAGGCCUUUUUAUUCCACCUACGUGCAAGCAACCAUCGCCUUGUGCAAACUCAGUCCGUCGUUACCCACCUCUUUAAACCUAAAGGACCUUAAUCCUGAGAGUCGUGUGUGUGUGUUGCUUGUCUGUUCAAACACACACCUGGGCCAUCACUCCUACACUGUCUGACUUCUACUACACCGACCUUUGUGUCCAAUAUUUCAAGCCCAUUGGCUCAUCCCUGCUUGACCAAAGAUAACCCACAUAGAUCUGUCCCAGCGCCGUGUUUACUCUCUGAUAACGGCCGUGCCACAAAACCACCGCCUACUUUUUCCUUCUUUUUUUUUUUAUUGUACCACCACUUAUGUGAAGUAUUUGCAGCAGUGUUGUAUGAGCGUGAGCUGAUGUGUGAAUGUGCCUUUUUUUUUUUUUUACAUCAAGGCAAAAAAAAAAGUUGUAAAAGCUGGUAGCAGAUUAUGGGUAUUGCUUUUUUUUUUGUCACCCAGUGCAAGAGCAAACAAAAGUAAUCAAUGCUCCUUUGAGCAGAUCUCAGUAUUAUGUAAGACAAAGCAAUACAGAGUUGUGUAAAAUAAAUUGUGGAUGUUUUGUAAGGGGCCACAUAAUAUUUAUGUCUUGUUUUUUUUUCUGAAUUUGUGAAUUUUUUGUUAGUUUCACUUGUUUAGAAGUAUUUCCUUUUUCUGUAGUGUGAAUUAGUCUUUUUUUUUUUUUUUAAUAUUCAGCACAUUUCAUUUUUUUGAUCAUUUCAUUUUUUCUUCACACUGAAAAUACAAAAAAGUGUAAACGAUGGGCCAGUAUGUCACACUGGUAGCUCUGUAAAAUGUCUGUAAAGAGUGUUCAUGAAUGGUUUAAGGUUGUCUGUGUUGGAUGAGUAUGAGUACUUGUGUGAGUAAACUUGUUUGUGCAGCCAAUGCACCAUUUCUGUCAAACUGGAGUGAUUUUACUGGAAGGCUGAUUAUCUUGAUGACUGAGUAAAGUAAAGCAUUGAUGCUGUGUGACCUAUCUAGAUGAAUGAAGCCCUCCCUUAGGGAUGAGCACUAGUGCCAUACCAUCCUUUUGUUUUAUUUUUUUCCUUAAUUUGCUCUUUGUUGUAACAAUCGCAUCUCCCCAUUUCGAUGUUCUGGAGUCACUAACAGACGUUUCCUCUUGAGAUAUACUAAUUUGUUUUGCUGCUGAAAAUGACAAUCCCGCUUGUCAUGUUAGGUGCAAAAUUAAUUCAAAGUAAUAUCCAUUUUUAGUUUUGAUAAUUUACACUGCACAGAUGUUUCUACAGUGCUUUUGUAAACAUUUCUAGUGUAUUUGCAAAAAAAUAAAAGUUGCAGUCAAGUGCAAAGAUCA